AUGAGCUUACAUAAGCACUUACCUGAACAGGAAAUAUACUACAAUUUUUAUACUGGUUUUAUCCUAAUAUCAGUUAUUUACUGCACAGACCAGAGCAAAUUACAGAUUAUUCCCGUCAAUACUAUUCUGUGUCGGCGUAGGCCAGUUCAUUAUUACAGUAGCAGAGUAAAUAUUCAGUUAAGUUUUAGUUUCUAUUUAAUUUUCAUGCAGAGGGAUGUUCACUACAGAAAAGCCAAGAGUGAAGGAUACCGUGCCAGAAGUGCGUAUAAAUUACUUGAAAUAAUAGAGGAGUACAAUAUUCUAGAGAAUGUUCAGUCAGUGAUAGAUUUAUGCGCUGCACCCGGCAGUUGGAGUCAAGUUAUUAAAGAGAGGCUUCCCCAUGCCCACCUUCUCUCUGUGGACCUACAAGACAUUGAGCCAAUUAAUGAUGCGAUUAUUGUAAAGGGCGACAUAACCUCAGACAAAACUAUUUCAGAGAUAAAGAAUACGUUCGGUGCAAGGGUAGACUUAAUUCUAUGUGAUGGUGCACCAGAAGUAACUGGUUUACACGACUUAGAUGAAUAUUUCCACUCUUCAUUAAUUACUGCCGCGUGUUCCUUAUCACGCACUCUUCUUUCACCAAGUGGCUGUUUCGUCAUAAAAGUAUUCACGGGGAGCGACCCAGAAAUUCUCAUGGAGGAUUUAAAGGAGUAUUUCUCAGAAGUAUUAAUUGUAAAACCAAAAAGCAGCAGAAUAAAGAGCAAGGAAGCUUUUGCAAUAUGCCAUCAAAUCAGAAUUCCAGAAUAAACAAGAAAUCCCCAAUAAUAUCAUAAUAAUCC